UUCUUGGAGUUUCUCGUAAAGUUCGCGGUAUCGUUCAGCAGUUUCUUUGGUUCAUCCGUGUCCUAGGCCGUAAAUUUCCCACUCCAUUUUUACGAGCAGGUAAACCCAAUUGUAAAGUUCCACGGGGGGCACGGUUAAGCGUCAUUCGCUAUCGUCCCAAUAGCCUUCGGUUCCGCAAUUGUAAGGGGCUAAAUGACCGAUUUCCUUAUUCCACGGCAAAACGGCUAACUCGCCAAACUUGGCUCGGUGUGGUUGUUGUGGUCGUAAAUACAACCCGUUAUAUUCUCGUUCGGACUGUCCUGGCAAGAUUUUCAAGCAGGGUUAUUUUUGACUGUGGCACGGGACGAAGUAGUCAGGCACAAUUUGAUAAAAUCAAUAGGCGAGAAAACCAUAGAGAAAAUUCAGACGAAAAUACCGAACCUAAUGACACCCCAAACAACGACCAAAAAGUUAACAAUAACGACGACAGCGGCAACAAUGAGAAUGAAGAAAAAAAGAAGUUAACCGAGAGUGAAGCCGAGGAGGAAGGAGGGAACGGAGAAAACACCGAAAAAAAUGAUAAUAAGGCUCGGCAAAUAGUAAAAAAAUUAACUGCUCGCCAAGGAAAACCCAAGGCUCGGAAAUAUCACUCUGAUCGACCUGCAACAGGAGCCGAAAGAGUAGCCCAUUAUCGCACGCAAAGAAACGGUUGCGAACACAGCCUUAUUAUUUUCG